AUGUCGGCUCUGCAGACCUUCAUGCUGGUCGUUGACAACGACAAAGAUGAAGCAAAGAGCAUCGCUGACUCUGUGGCACAAGAUUUGGAAAACAAAAAGACUACUUUAAUCGAUAUUGUCCGACAGCUUGGCGAAUACAUCAAUGACGAAGAUCCAAUUCUACGUGGAAAGGCAAUUUCCUUCCUCACUGCGGUGAUCAAGGCACUGCCGCCCCGCUUCCUGUCGAGACAACAAAUCCAGGUUUUGACGACGUUCUUUGGUGACCGGAUUGAGGAUGGCGGUGCUGUUGCGGGACUGGAAAGAUUGCAGGGUUUGGAACGGUUCAACAAGGAAUUGGCUAUUGAAACUGCCCAGGCCUUGUUCGCCAACUUCCAGGACCUUCAAUCCCGUUCCCAGACACAGCGAUUCCAGGUCUAUCAGUUGCUGAAUGAAUUGAUGUCAAGACAUCGGGGGGCUCUGCGUGAUAUGGGCGAUGAUUCCCUCAUGGGAAUUGUGGAUCUCAUGACUGGAGAGAAGGACCCACGUAAUCUGAUGAUGGUCUUCUCCAUCAUGAAGGUUGUAAUGAUAGAGUGGGAUAUUACAAACCAUGCCGAGCUUCUUUUUGACGCGGUAUACAACUACUUCCCUAUCACCUUCCGACCUCCGCCAAAUGAUCCAUACGGGAUUACCGCACAAGACUUGAAGGGCCGCUUGCAGGAUUGUAUUUCGGCGUCGAGACAUUUUGCGCCGCAUGCUAUCCCUUCAUUGCUGGACAAGCUUGACUCUACUUCCCCGAAUGUUAAGAAAGAUGCCCUGAACGCAUUGAUUGCGUGUAUUCAUUCAUACGACCCGGACACCGUAUCUCGAUACUCUAUCACCAUUUGGGAGGUCCUCAAGUUCGAAAUUCUUAAUGCCCAAGAAGAAUUUUUGUCAGAGUUGUCACUGGAGGCCCUAUCUGGAAUCGCACAGCGACUAUCUGAAGGUGUAACCCAAGUUUCGUCAGACCUGCCCCUUGCGCAAUAUCUCCGACCUAUCACCCAAGAGUGCAACGAGCAAUUACAAGAGCCUCAACAGAAGCAGGCAAAGCCUGCCCAACAGAUUCUCAGCUCGCUGUCGUCGUCUUCUGUUGUAGCAUUUACGCUCAUUGUGCAGACUGUUGUUGCUCCCAUCUUUACUAUCUACCAAGAGGCAGAUGGCAUCGUUAAGCAGCGGGCUCUCCUUGAGACGCUGGCUGUCUUGUUCCAAUCUGCCACCCAGGUCUUCGGGCAAUGGACGACUCGUGGUGGUGAAGUCGCUCACGAGAACCCCUUGGUCGAGUUCAAGGAUCAGUUCUCAGAUGUCUUGGGACAGGCAUUAAUGGGUUCUGCUAAGGAUGAGGUCUCUUUCCGUGUCACUGCACUGAAAGGAUUUCUGCGGCUUUCGACCUUGCGAAAUUUCUUCCAGGACAACGAAAUCGGAUUAUUCGUGCAAUAUUUGGAUGAAAUCCUCCUCACAGAACAGUCUGUUGGUCGGGAUGACCUGAAGAAGGAAGCCAUUGCAGCACUGGCUGAGAUUUCUAAGCACAAGCCUCGACUGAUUAUGGAUAUUACUUUCCCUGCAUUUGUGGCCACAUUGCCCGACGAAGAUGAUGAUACGAAUUCGGCUUACUUGUCCACUUUGGAUACCCUGGCCCAGAUCAGCGUUGAGAGAGACAUUUUUGAAACCCUGUUCCGACGACUAUUCAGCAAGCUGUCUUUCUUGCUUCAAAAGGAGCAGCCUGGGUCUGCGGCAUACCCUCGUGCCAUCCUUGUGACUCUGCUGUAUGUUAUGCAGCAAAGACAGAUGGAUGCUGACCCGAACGUGGACUUUUACUUUGACAAGAUUGUUGUUGGUCUCUGCCGCAGCGUUGCAGAUUCCGCUUCAGGACAGGGAAAGAACCGUCUUCUCAACGACCCUACUAUUCUUGAUACUCUAGGCCGGCUCUGUAAUCUUCUUAUGCGAGCUGUCUCUGUUCAGAAACAGGAGCAGGCUGCACACAAUGUCUACAGCCUCUUCUCGACCGGAGGCUUUGUGCCGGUACCUUUCUCUGAAGGCGCAAGUGCUGACCAAGAACGUACCAUGAUCAUUUCGACAUAUCUCCUCGCAGGUCUGCCAAAGGACUGCGUCAAUCUCAUCCCCAAUACGCAACCUGAUAUGUCGGACCUGCUUUCAGAUCUGAUCAAGCGAUCUAUAUCUGACAAUGCAGAGCCGGCCACCCAUCUUGCAUUUUUGCAUCACUUGGCCCUGCUUGUAAACAAGUUCUUGUCUAAACAGGAUUUGAAGAUUGCUGAGAAACUUUUUGAUUCUCUUGUCUCGCCAGAAGGCCAGUCUUUCAGCCCGGCUACUAUUCGUACCGUCUUCUGGCUAUCAAAGGCUCUCGUUCUUCGUCUUUCCCCAUCCACUACUCAUAUUCUGACCUCCCUGAUGGAUCUCCUCUCUUCCCCUGACCAGCAAACGAGCAACUCCACUGCUCGCGGGUUUUCAAUUCUUCUAGGCGAUGAUGAUGUUCUUUCCGUAACCAACGGUGCCACCAUCCGCCUGCUAUCCAAGCAGCGCGUCUUCACUACCGUCAUCCCGCUGAUCUCAUCGCGUAUCCGCGACGUCAACAUCGCUGGCAAUGACGAAUCUUCCUCAAAAUUAUUAGACCACAUCAAACCAGCCCAUUUAACCGCUUUGGCCGGCAUCCUCUCCACAAUCUCCACAGCCCUUGUCAUGCCCGAACUUCCCACCUUACUUCCCCUCCUCCUCCAAUCCCUCGACCUCCAAACCGCCGACUCGGUUGCCGUCCGCGCCGCAACCCUCGACACCCUCGCGGUUAUCAUCCGUGAGAACGGUGUCACCACCAUUGACAAGUGCGGCCACGUCCACAGUCUUGUCCAGAGACUCCUCAAGACAACAGCUGUCAGACCCGGCCCUGGUAUCGUGAACCCUCCCCGCCUUCGCGUUGAUUCUCUCAGAUGUCUUUACCUACUCGCCACAAGACAGACUUCCGAAUCAGCACCCAAUGCCCGGAUCCCACCUGCCAUCUCGCCGCUUCUACCUGAAAAAGCACAGGUCCUGCGCUCUUUGCGGGCUGUGUUGGAUGAUCCGAAGCGUGAUGUGCGAAAGGCUGCUGUGGAUGCGAGCAGUGCUUGGUUCCGGGGUGUGGAUGAUGCUCCGGAGGAGGAUGAUUGA